CUCAUCCAUAACCAGUGGAAUCUGAAAAGCAUCUACUGCUUGGAAAAGCACUAAGAGGCCAACAGAUCCAAACCCACCAGCAAAAUCAUGAAGCCAAGCAGCUUUCUCCUCCUCACUCUGAUGGUCUUCUUUUUGUACUCAGGUGAGUAAUAUUUCAUAUUGCAAAAUUUCUCUUUGUUGGAGAGGUGUAGGGACCAAACAGUCCAUAGACUAUUCAUGUCUUCAGAUGAGUGUAGGAAGGCUCCACCUGUGUUGACUAAAUCCAGUUAAAAUCUCCCUGCAAACCAUUGUGUUCGCUGUCUGAAAGUUUACGGAAGGAGGGUACAUUGUUGUUAAGCAUAGGGACACUGGAGGCAGGGACACACAUCCCCCCAAAACACAUACACACUUGAGCCUUCCCACAUUCAUUUGGGCACUGAAACAUGUCUGUUCUCAAGGUUCCUCAUAUAUGAAAUGAUACAUGCCAGGAAGAACCAGAAUGAAUGUCUUGCUAUGUUAAAUUUACUCUAUCAAAUAAAGAUACUCUACAUCAGGGCUCUACACUACACAAGGCGCCCACCACUAUUCACACCAUAGGAACCUUUUUGAAAACUGAGGCUCAAAACACUAAUGCCCCCUGAAGCUACCAUGCUCCCUCCGUUCUUCAUGGUCUCCACGUGGCUCUUGUGACAUAAAAAGUGGACCUAGCCAUGAUUCUAAACACGCAAAGCACCACAGCCAGGCACUCAAGGGAAAUCAACAGAACUGGGUCCCAGUUAGUUAUGGACUAAACCAGUAUAUAUAGUUAUUUGUAUUUAGUGUAGUUAACGGACUGAACCAUUUCCCAUUCAUUUGAUUGUCUUCCUAUCCAUGCUCAGUGGCAUUUGAAGGAAAUUGUAUAUUGCCAAGGCACUUUUUAGGAUAACAUAGGAUGUACAAGAUACAAUGCACCCCACUUUUCAGUUCCUAGAAAUAAAUGUUAUCAAAUGGACUAUUAUGCAGCAUAUGGAUUUACGAAAUAAUUUUCACAUUUUCUGUGUUUUGCAUCUAGAUGUUGUUGUUAAAGCAUCAUUUGAAAAGGUAAGUGGGAAAUCAUUUAUUCUUAUGAUAGAAGAUGGAAGUAGCAUGGAGUUAAGAUAAGUGAAUUUAUACUUCUUUUGGAAUUUUAAAAUAUUCUCUCUCUCUGUGUGUGUGUAUGUAUGUGUCAAUUUUUAAAAUAGAAUUUAAAAUACAGGCAACAAAAACACAUCGACACAAAUAUAACAUACAAGAGCUGGGUUUUUCCCGGGAUUUCACAUCUCUAAUCCCACCCCUUUAAAAAAAAAUUUAAAAAGUUGGUGGUAUUAUUAUUAGUUCCAGUUGCUACCCACAAUUUAUAAGAGAGUCUCAGCUUGUGUUCAGUAGUAGCCUAGUGGGGUUAUUCAGUUAUUACUAGGCAGACCGCCCAACCUUGCAGGCAUAUUAUUUGGCCACUGUCUUAAGAAUCCAGGCACUCACUGUGUGUUUUUAAAAAGUAUUUUUUUGCAAAAACAACCGUUAAAUGUGUCUAGCAUGAAACCCCUAGAGCUGCUCACUCGCAAUUUGGCAAGAUUAAUCUUCUCUGAGGGGACUACCAUGUCUGCAAAUUUUGUUUCACAGCAUGAAAAAAAUUGUACCUGUUCUAACCCUGCAAUAUUUUAAACUUUAAGGUGUCUUGCAUGAAAUCCCUGGCACUGACGAUCUAUAAUUUGACAGGUGGAAGCUCCCACAAUGGGUAGUCCAAAGGUUAAGUGGGGAAGCUGUUGUGUCGUUCAUCUUGUCAUUUGCAUUCCUCAUCUUUGCCUCUUUCUUAGGCAUGUGAUAAUCAGAAAGGCCUUCCAGUCCAAAGGUUAAGUGGGGAGGACCUUUAAAACUGUUGUGUCCUUUGUCUUCAGAAAUAUUGCAAAGGGUAUCCAAAUCCAAUAUGCACCAUGGAGUACCAGGCCCACUGCGGUUCUGAUGGCAAGACCUAUGGCAACAAGUGUCUCUUCUGCAAUGCAUAUAUGUGAGUAUAUCAUGGAAUCAUAGAGUUGGAAGGGACCCUGAGAGUCAUGUAUUCCAACCUCAUGCAGUGCAGGAAUCUUUUUUUUCCUCUCAGACAUCUUUGUUGGAAGUUAAAAAGUACAUGAUUAUAUUUGCAAUAAGCAUGGUGAGAUGUAAAUAAAAGAACGGAAAAGAAAAAGAGAAUCAGCACCCAUGUAGAAGGGAAAGUCAAGUGGGGGGACACCCCUCUCCUGAGUUUUGUGUUGCUUAUGAGGCCCAAAGGAACAUGGUGAGCAGAGCUAAUCUGUAGGUAGCCCUGAAUUUGAAAAUGGAGUGGAUUGGGAGGGCUAUUCACAUGCACCACCCUCCUGACACUCUUGUUGCUCCCGCUAAGGGUGAUGGGGGGGCAGGGGAAAUAUGCCCAGAAGGGCUCUAUUGCCAUCCCACCAGGCCAGACACAACACAAAAGGUAGUAGGGUUGGCCCAGAAGAAAAAUAACCAAAAAAGCCAUCUGGGAAUUAGGGGAUAAAGGUAAAGGGACCCCUGACCAUUAGGUCCAGUUGUGACCAACUCUGGGGUUGCAGCGUUCAUUUUGCUUUAUUGGCCGAGGGAGCCGGCGUACAGCUUCUGGGUCAUGUGGCCAGCAUGACUAAGCCGCUUCUGGUGAACCAGAGCAGUGCACGGAAACGCCGUUUACUUUCCCGCCGGAGCGGUACCUACUUAUCUACAUGCACUGUGACGUGCUUUUGAACUGCUAGGUUGGCAGGUGCUGGGACCGAGCAACGGGAGCUCACCCCGUCGCGGGGAUUUGAACCGCCGACCUUCUGAUCGGCAAGUCCUAGGCUCUGUGGUUUAACCCACAGCGCCACCCAUGUCCCACAAUUAGGGGAUAGUAAGAACAUUAUUAUGAAGGCCUACAUUACAAAGGCCUACACUAGGUGUUUCCUUAAUGUGGAUCUUGGAAUUGCUCUAGGAAAAGUCUGAACAUUUGCUCCUAGAGAAGUUUGACACAGAUGUACAAUGAAGGCGGGAGAAGGGGGAUCUUCUACAAAUGGUAGACCUGAAAAGAAUAUUGUUCUCUCUUGCUCUAUAUUGGCCAGGCUGACAGGAAGCUGUUUUCCAGGGUCUCAGACAGGAUUCCUCCUCAGCCCUUUCCCAUCCCAAGACAAAGAGCAAUGAUGGCAUAAGCUUUCCCACCUAUAUAGUAUUUCUCUUUAAGGAGUUAUAAUGAAAGCUGCAUCUUAUGAAUUCUCAUAUUUAUUUACUUCUUUUUUUCUCAUCAGCGAAAGUGGAAGAAAGUUGAAACUGAAAUACUAUGGAGAAUGCAAAAAAGCUUAAGAUGCACAUGACUAUGAAACAUCUACAAAAGAAGUCCCAUUUCUCUUUAAGCUUCACUCAUCGCAUCACCACAAAAAAAUCCAUUCUUCUCUUUGCUUAUCCUCUGUGAGCCAGUGAAUAUCUCGUAACAUUUUAAUUCGGUUUAUCAAUAAAUAAGCUCAGCAACAUUAUCAAA